UUUAUAUAAUUUAGCAUCAAACAUAUUUGUUAAUGAAUCUUUUUCUCCAGAUUCCUGAUAUGGUCCGUUCUAUUCCUGCUGAACGUAUAUUCGCGUUAAGACAACAAACACAAGUACUAUGGGAAAGAUAUUUUGGAUCUAUUGAAAAGAUUGUUUUUACAACGUUCGAGAUAAUUCGUGAACGCUUGCCUGAUUAUCCAGUUCGGAGUACAUUUAUAUGGAAUACAUCUCCUGGUGCUUUACUUACUCUUCCUACAUUUGCAGAUAGUUCAAGAUAUUUGCCGUUUCAGUUGGAUUCAUUGUAUAUGGAACCACGUCACAACUAUACAGCAGUUAUCUAUGUGCAAAUAGGUGCCCCACUUUCUACAAAUUCUGCUCUUUAUAAACUAGUCAGAACAAUUGCUAAAAGUCAAUUUGUAGAUAAGAUAAUUAUUUUAUGGGCUGCUGAUCGUCCAAUUCCUUUAAAAAAACGUUGGCCAACAACAUAUCACAUACCAUUCCAUGUAAUAUCGAUAAGUGGCUCUAUUCAGAUAAUAAAACAGCAUAAUGCUAACCAAGCCGGUUCCUUUGCUAAUUUUGUAAAUAAACUAGGCAAUGAAAAAGAUCAGGCUGAGCCACACAAUACAGCAUAUACUGCUGAAACGACUGAAGAACGACCUAGCAUAUCAGAACGCUUUUAUCCAUAUCCUGAAAUUCAAACAGAUGCUGUACUUUCAUUAGAUGAAGAUGCAAUACUCAACACAGACGAACUGGAUUUCGCAUAUACUGUAUGGCGUGAUUUCCCUGAUCGAAUUGUUGGCUAUCCUGCUCGAGCACAUUUUUGGGAUGAUGCAAAGAAUGCUUGGGGUUAUACAUCAAAGUGGACUAACUACUAUUCGAUUGUGCUAACAGGUGCAGCUUUUUAUCAUCGCUAUUACAACUAUUUGUACACCAACUGGUUGUCGUUACUACUUUUAAAGACUGUACAGCAAUCUUCAAAUUGUGAAGAUAUAUUGAUGAAUUUGCUGGUAUCUCACGUAACAAGAAAACCGCCGAUCAAAGUAACGCAACGCAAAGGGUACAAAGAUCGAGAAACAGGGCAUUCACCAUGGAAUGAUCCCGACCAUUUUAUACAAAGGCAAAGUUGUUUAAAUACCUUUGCGGCAGUUUUCGGUUACAUGCCAUUGAUUCGGUCAAAUUUGCGAUUAGAUCCAGUUUUGUAUCGAGAUCCAGUUUCCAACUUACGUAAAAAAUACCGUCAGAUAGAAUUAGUUGGUAGCUAGCGUUACACCAAUUGACUCUAUAAAUAAAUUAGGUCAAGCGGCCAUAAAUACACAAAUACAUAAACACCUAUUAACCAUGUACACAUAACAUGCAAUAGUAUGCGAAGUCAAAUAUUAAUGUUAAUUAAAAGUUAAUUAAAAUAAUUAUAUAAUAAUUAUAUAAGCUUAAGCAAAUAUAAUAUGUAAUGUAAAAAUUGAUACUUACUAGAGUAUAAAUAUUAGAGCAUAAAGAACACAGAUAUUAAAAAAAAAGAAUGCCAUAUGCUUAUGACUAAGCAAACCGUAAAGGAACAAACAAUAAAUUACCAAUUUUUAUUCCAAGUAAUAAGUUAACACACACACAAAAGGAGGAAACACAUAUGUUAUGAAUAUGUAUGUAUUUUAAGUAGCCGAUGUUUUACAAUUUUCUAUGUUUUGUUAUAUAUUUUAUACACAAUAUGAUAUAUGUAUAUAUAUAUAUCUAUACGAGUUUAUAAGGAAGUUUAGAUAAAAACUUAACUGAAACUGAAAAGUAACAAUAAUUAUAUUUUCUAGAUAAAUUAAAUAAAACUGAUCUUUUGUAAAUGUUGCAAUUUUCUAAGCGAAGUUAAAUUUUUAUAAAUGCACACUCGAAAAUAUCCUGUAUGCUAGUGUGAGUAAAUGUGAACAGAAUGCGUCACAAAUUCCAACCCUUUUUUUUUUAAUUUGUCCACAUAUUAAAAUAAUAGGAUAAAUUUAUAAAUAUACAUCAGAUGUACGCAUUC